GAGUGGUUGAAUGGCUGUUAUCGCUUAUACUGCACGAUAAGUUGUUUAGUGCGUAUUAGAAUCAUUCCGGAAGUGUUAAUCAUCCAGCUGACUGAAAAAUACAUGUGGCUUAUCUACUUUGUUUACAAAGUUAGAAUGGGUUUAAAAUAUGCAUUGAACUAUGGAUAUAAAACAAUAUGAGCAUAUAACAUAGUGAAGGAUUAUAUUCUUCAAAGAUACUACUGCUAUCAGAUUGCAGUAAUAUUGUGUUCGCUUGUCGUGCAGUUUUAAAAAUAGUGUCGGUAAAAGUUCUUACUAUAUAUGCUUUAAGCGUACUUCAUGACGUGAUGGUGCAAUUUAUUCAAUUAUAGUUCAUAAAUUGCAUGAUCUUGAUCUCAUUCUUAAACAACUGAAGAGUGUGCUUAAUAUACGUGAGGUAAUACAUAGAUAUUUCAACAUUUUAUAGAAUGGAUUUAACAAACGUUUACGAGUACUGUUAGUUCGAUUUAAUGAGGUAAUACAAUUAAAGCAACGAACAACAUCUGAAAUAGACUUAACAUGUCGGACAAUUUGGAUGACAACUAUCACACACCGGAAGAGACUCUGUUGGAGGCGGCGUCAGGCAGCGAUACUCCCGUGAUAGUCCGGAUCAAUGAGACGUAUCAAAACGAGGACUAUGACGACUCCGGUUGGUUUGAGGACGGCUUGGAGAUCCUGGUGGAAGGGGUGAGAUCGAUCGCGUACGCCCGAAUACGGGUUUUAGACGUUCACGACGAGAAAGAAGCGCAAAAGGCACACUAUGACGAUUUCGUGGCGGAGAGGCAAAUGUUCUUGGACCAGGUGUACCUUAUGCCUAUGAACGUCCCUUUGAAAUUGAAACUUGUCACCAGACCAGGAAAAUCAACAAAGUAUAUUUCAAUCGCUCAGGUGAUUGAAGAUAUGCCGACGAAGCUUCUGGUCCACCAAGAUGUGAUGUCGAUCCCGCCCGGCGGCGGUCAGAACACUUUGGUUCCGGCCAACACGGUACUCACAGUAAAGCGCGUGUUUACGUGCUCUAUCGACACGGCGCAAUAUCUCCAGUGCUCUUUCCAAUCCCAGCACGUGUCAUUCAAGGACACGUUACGCGUGCAGUUCAGCGCCAUCGGCGACGACUCUCUUUACACAAUGCGCUACUUGCAGAUGGCCAGCGUGUUUCCCACAGUGUUCGAGUUUCAGCAUCCCAAACCGGACGACGUUGUGCACUUCGUACACUACGAUGCCAAUGCUGCACUCACAAUUGCGGAAGGCCCGCUGGAGCUGCUGGGUACAGAACACCUAAACGUUGUCAUCGCCUGGAAACGCCAACACGAAGCAAAAUCUUACAGUACGUUGGUCAUACCGGAGUCUCGCGCUAAAACGCUAAUGGUUCAGAAACGUAAUUUUGAUGACAAAUUUACUAAGAACAACUUUAUUCAAAGAAAGUUUACGGCUUGUAAACAUCUGGAUUUUGUCUCCGACAAGUUGUAUUUAAUACCACAGGAUCCACCGAACGCUGUGUGUUUGAAAAGUCCAAAUCUUUUCUUCUACGACCCAAAAGCAUGUCGACUCCGCGUGGCAAAAGACGGCAUUACAUUCAAUCCCUCCACGGAUGAAGAAUCAUACGACAGCGACGACACGGAAAUUGCGCCCCCUAUACCAGAACGAAUUCCGGUCACCUGUCCUCAGGCCUCGGAGAUUUCUAAGAAGAAAAUUGGCCUAUUUCACAACGUUCACACGGAAAUCAAGAGCUUGCUUAAGAAACGUAUUAAAAGUCUUCGUCGCAAAAGACAAGGAGAACAAAUGCGAGAACCAGGCGGGUAUCUUAGCAAUCCCAUGUACAGGCCUUUACAUUCUAUGCCAGACACUCUAACUGACGAAUCAGACAACAACGCAACCGGUAACGGAAAAAAAUAUCGGAAACUCCCGGCUCCACCCCCAGAGAGCGCUGACUCCCAACAAAUCACGGCAGCUACAAUAAGCGUUGUACCAACAUCGCGAAGAGAAAUGCGCCCACUGCCGGAAAUAGUUUCCACCCACAGCGACGAGGAUUCAGAUGAGUAUAUAAUUCCAUGUCCCUCGGUACCUCCGCGACAUUUCUUUGCUCCCAGUAGCUCUGCGCCACAAAGGCCGGCGCCGCCGAUUCCAAGCGACAAUAGCAAUGGUGACCAUGGGAUUGUUUCGAGCGCGCAUAUUAGCACCGAAACACUUUUGGCCUCUAAUCAAUCCGAACACGCCCAUGAGAAACCAGGGUAUGCGACGAUAUCGCAGAAAGACAUGCAAAGUAUUCUGGGCCACGGAAGAACGUGUAAAGACUUUAACAACUUGUCCGUAAUUGAAUUAUACCACCUGUUAAAGCACUGCAACCUUCAUGACAUCGCUAACAUUUGCUACGAGCACCUUUUUGAUGGGCAGUUCUUCGCAAACGUAGAUGUUCAGGAGCUGCUUCAAGAUCAGCCGUUCAGUGCCUCUAACAUUCAGAUACUGAAGUUUAAAAAGCUUCAGGAUGGAUGGCGUCCUAACGAUUCAUCAUAGAGCGUGUACCAAUGUUACAUUAGGAGUCAAACUAACUGAGAUAUUAAUUACACUAUUUGAUUACUGCAGCAAGUGCAAUUAUCUGAUCAGUUAUAUAUUAAACGUCUUAAAAUCGUACGUUUUUAAUCAUUAAGAUUAUUUAAGUACACGUAAUUAACACACUUCAAUUAAAACUCAUCGAUGUACUUGUAUCAAAACUAAAUGUUAAUUUCUUUGAUUUUUAUUAAUACAUAACAAUAUGCUUCUUGUGACAAUUAACUAUGCCGGUUUCAUGAAGCUCAACUAGUAAAUGCACAAUGUGUAUAUUAAUAGAUUGAUAAUGCGUUACAUAAGUCUUUUUUCCAGUACUGUUGCACAUAAUAAAUUGUCCUUUUCCGCCUCUAUGACAAGUGAGAGACGUAGAUCUAUGGCACGCCAUAGCUGUCUUACGUUGUUACAUUUCUUCUGUCUUCUUUAGAAUGUGUCUUAUUAUGUCAAACCGUCGUGAUAUCUUGUCCAUAUUUGUUGUUGUCUUGUCAAAACACAGUCGUAUUACGUCAAACCGUCUUAUUAUCUUGUCUGAAUGUGGUGCUGACUUGUCUAAAUACAGUCUUAUUAUGUCAAACCGUCGUGUUAUCUUAUCCAAAUGUGAUGUUGACUUUUCAAAACCCAGUCUUACUAUGUCAAACCAUUGUGUUAUUUUUUCCAAAUGUGAUGUUGACUUGUCAAAAUACAGUCCUUUUAUGUCAAACCGUCGUGUUAUCUUGUCUAAAUCUGGUGCUGACUUGUCAAAAUACAGUCCUAGUAUAUCAAACCGUCGUGUUAUCUUGUUCAAAUGUGAUGUUGACUUGUCAAAACACAGUUCUACUAUGUCAACCCGUCGUGUUACCUUGUCCAAAUUUGGUGCUGUCUUGUCAAAAUACAGUCUUAUUAUAUCAAACCGUCGUGUUAUCUUGUUCAAAUGUGAUGUUGACUUGUCAAAAUACAGUCCUAUUCUGUCGAACAGUUGUGUUAUCUUGUCUAAAUCUGGUGCUGACUUGUCAAAAUACAGUCCUAUUAUGUCGAACCGUCGUGUUAUCUUGUCCAAAUGUGAUGUCGACUUGUCAAAAUACAGUCUUAUUAUGUCAAACAUUUGGACAAGAUAACACGACUAUUUGACAUAAUACGACUGUAUUUUGAGAAGUCAACAUCAAAUUAGACAAGAUAAUUCGACGGUUUGACAUAAUAGUACUGUAUUUUGACAAGUCAACACCACAUUUGAACAUGAUAACACGACUGUUUGACAUAUUAAGACUGCAUUUUGACAAGUCAACACCACAUGUUGACAAGAUAUCACGACGGUUUGACAUAAUAAGACACCUUCUAAAGAAGACAGAAAGAAAUGUAACAUCUAAAUGUGUAUCGUUACGACUAAUAUCUACAGAGUAGGUACGUAGGGUUGUGUAUUUAAUGAACGGUCAGAUUUAUUCAUAGAAAUGAGCAUUCCAUGAUCAUAUUUUAAUCCAUUUUUCUUUUACUCCACAGUGUGUAAUGUCCAAACUGGUGAUGACUAUUUUUAUGUGUUAAAUAUAUUUUUAUUUGUUUUUAUUUAUUGUUAUCAAAUGUAUUAUGACGCAAGAAAUUAUAUCGGUUAUAAAAUGUAAAUAAUGGUGUUAACAUUUGGCAAACAUGAAAUAGAAUCUAUCUUAACAUCUCCGAAUCUUUAAUAAAACAAAAUAUCUUA